CAGUUUAAACUCCUGACUGCCGAGAUCUCCUGUUAACUGUUGACGCAGCGUUCACUCUUCAUGUAUUGGUUUAUUACCUGAAGGGUGUGGAUGAGAUCGGGUGUUUAUUGACUUGUCAGACAGGUUUCAUUUUACCAGGAGCGAUCGGUCUAUACGGACGGAGUUAACGCGCUCAGUGCUCGUUCACGAGCUGCCGAACGUUUGCGAAAUGGGUCUGAAUAUCGUUCUGUGUUCGCUUGUUCUGCUUGGUACUGUUGUACAGAUCCAGGCCGAGACACAUUCCCUGUACUACAUGUACACAGCUUUGUCCAAACCAGUGAAUCUGCCGGGCAUCUAUGAAUUCACUGCUAUGGGUUUACUGGAUGACCGACAGAUUGAUUAUUACAAUAACAAGGAUCAGAAAAAGAUUCCUAAACAGUCGUGGAUGAAAGAGAAAAUGCCAGCGGAUUACUGGGAAAAAGGCACCCAAUCCAGAAAGAGCAAAGAGCAGUGGUUUAAUGUGAAUGUCAACAUUCUGAUGGAGCGGAUGAGACACAAUCAUUCAGAUGUUCAUGUUCUUCAGUGGAGACACGGCUGUGAAAUUAAUGAUAAAGAAAAUAUAGUGACAUUUUCAAGAGGCAUCGAUCAGUACAGCUAUGAUGGCGACGACUUCCUUUCUUUUGACGAUAAGGUUUCACAGUGGGUUGCUCCAGUUGAUGCCGCUGUCGCCACCAAAGUGAAAUGGGAUAAUGUGCCCAUCCUGAACCAGUACACCAAGGGCUACCUGGAGAAAGAGUGUGUGGACUGGCUCAAUAAAUUCAGAGAAUAUGGACAAGAGGAACACAAAAAAGUCUCUCCUCCAGAGGUUUAUGUGUUUGCAAGAAAAUCUCCCCGUGACAAAAACAAGCUGAAGCUCACCUGUCUGGCCACUGGCUUCUACCCCAAAGAUGUGAAAGUGUUUAUUAGGAAGUAUCGCACAUCCCUGCCUGAAAAUGAAAUGGAAUCCUCAGGAGUCAGACCAAACCAUGAUGGAACGUACCAGCUGCGAAAGAGUGUGUUGAUCAUGGAGAAUGAAAAAGCGGAUUAUGAUUGUUUUGUUAAUCACAUUACCCUUAAAAAUCCAGAAAUCAAAGUAUGGGAUGGAAAAUGUAAAGACUGCAAUGAAGGGGGUUUUCUGGUUAUUGGUGUGGGGAUCGGAGUUGUGGUCACAUUACUUUUUGUUGCGGCAGGCAUAGGCUUAUAUGUUUACAGGAGAAGAUCAGCAAACAACACACAGAACAGAACAGCUCAAGUUAAUGUUCCUCCCCCGGCUGCAGCCCCAAACAACAGUGGAGCUAAACCUGAAGAGAAUGAAGCUUUGUUGCCUAAUAAAUCUGCAAACAACGACACAGUUAUCCUACUGCCUAUUGAUGCUCCAAACAACAAUGCACCUAAACCUGGAGAGAAUGGAGCUUUGCUGUCGGGCAAGUCUGGUGAAGGAGACUGUGCAGAUGUUGACUCUGGAAAAGGGAACUCGAGCGAAUCAGAGAAGAGCUCGAAAAGCUCUCAGGAGAAUAUGAAUGAACAUGAGCGUGUCUAGUGCAGCUUAGGAAUGGAAGGAAGAAUAAAGACCCUUUCUGCUCUCUCCUGCUGUAUUUUCAGAAUAGAAAAGUCCUAAAAAAUAUUGUUUUGGAUCUGUUGCACUUUUUGUUUGAGCUUUUUGUACUGAAUCCUAGAAGCUGCUUAGCAGAUACAUAGAAUAGAUUCAACUAGCUAUCUUUAACUCUAAAGUAAUAAUGAAGUUUUGGCAUUAGUGAGUAAAUUGAAAACAAGCUUUCUACAUGAGUUGUAAAGAAGUGCAUCAAAACAUACAAACCAGUCUCAAGGCAGUUUGUACCAUAGGCAGGAAAUCUAUUAAUUUGUGUUCAUGGACAAAUUUAGGUGUCACUCAGUCUGACUUUUAAUGCACAGACUGUGUGUGUAUGUACAUUUACAUAUGUAUAACCUGAUAUCAAAAGAAGUCGUAAAUAUUUUUGAAUAAGUGGCUAACCAACACCUUACCUCACCCCAAACCCUAAAACCAAAGCCGCGAAUUUUGCUAAAAACACGAGUUUCACGAGGUGGCAAAGCAAUGAUAAAUAGAGUCCCUAACUCCGCCCCUAAACCUAACAUCACAGGGUCAAAUCAUUACAAAAAAUACUAAUGAGAUCUGGGAAAAAGAUAUAGGCAUGAAUUACUAUCAGAUGGCGUUGAUUUUUAUUUCCACAUAUAAAAGAGACCGCGUAUCAUAUGUUAGACUUAAAGUCGUCCUGACUCACACGAAAAAAGGGGAAAUUUUCUAUCAUCAACACUUAUGAAUAGAUUACAGUUCUUGACAAUGUCCCGAUUUCCCUUGAGACUGUGUUGAAAUGUAACAUUUCAAAAUCUGACAGCCUUUUAUCUAGUUUGAGGUAAAGGCAGAAGUAUUGCUCGACUAUAGGAAAAAUACAACACUACAGUUAUACAGGAAAAUAUCUUGAAAGAUUUUGCACUUCAUGAAUUAGAUCAUAGUUGAGUCAACAUGGUGUGGUUACUCAAUUUGGCUCCAUAUAAAAUGUAUUCAGUCAAACCACUACAUACAUUAAGAGUGUUUAUUUCACUUAGGUCACAACAUUUCAGUUAUUAUAAAGUGAGUUGUGUUACAUCGUGUUAUACUUUAUAGCUUUGUGAAUGCUUUUAAGCUUUAAAGUUGUAUUUUAACAUGUUUAUUUUGAUGUCAUCAUUAGUGCUUCAUUUGUUCUUAAUUGUCUCAUUGCAAUGUAUAAUGAAACUGUUGUGUGGUCAGCAAGUUUGAGCGCAACAUUGGACAGUGUUUGACAGGGUCCUGUACACUACAUAAAAAAUGUUUCGUUCUUGGUAAAAAGUUUAAAUCAUUUUAAAAGUACAUGAAUGAUUUGUGUUUUGUUAAAGUAUUAUUGCUUAAACUGUGCAGAGAACAAAUAUUUAACAGCACGCUUUGCAUAAUGCUACUUAUGGUGAAUACUUUUUGUGUUUUUCAAUAGACAGAAAUCGUUGAGGUUUAAAUUUUUAGUUUAUUUUAUUUCUAAAUAUUGUGGUUACCAUUAUUUAGAAGAUCAUUGUUCUUCUUCUAAAACUUUCCCAGUUUAGAGCUUUAAAUCAAAAUAUGAAACUUAAAAAUAAAAAUCAUGUUUAUUUAACAAACAUUAAUUGGGCGUCUUGAACAUAAAUUAUGAUGAGUAAUCAUAACACUACUGUGUCUAGACGAUGUGCAUAUGAUUUGUGUUAGUCCAACAGAUUUUGUUUCUGUGUAAAAAGUAUUAAUGUGUUUACUGUAAAAUUCAAGCAUCAUCAGCCCUGCUAAAAAUAAAUAGACAAGCUGUCAUGUUUACAA